GAUUUGUGGCUAUAGAAUAGGUAGAGGGUCAAGGGUUCUGGUCAGGUGGGGACAAUUGUCUCUGUCUUUGUCUUUUGCUUCUACUACAAAGAACAACAACAAAGAAAUCAUCUUUUUCUUUCUUUCUUCUUCUUCUUACUCUACAGUCUUACUGUUUUCUACUCAAACCCCAUUUUCAUCUUUUUAGAGAGAAGAAGAUGGUUGGGGGAAGAAGAAGAGAAGAAGAAGGUUUUCUAUGUAAAUUGAAAAGAGCAAUGAAAUUGAUUCUACAAACAACAACAACAUGUACCUGUUCUUUUCCGCCGGAGAAGACAACAACCCUUGUCGCCGCCGCCGCCGGAGAUCCACUUCCUCACUUUCACCAUUGCUCAAGUGGUGAAACAGUUGUUUCAGGGGAACCCAAUUCCUCAAAUACCAAGAACUUGUGUCCAAUAUGCCUUGAUGUUCUUAGCUAUGGAGGAACAACAACAGACAGUAGUCCUGGACAAGCAAUCUUCACUGCACAAUGCUCUCAUUCUUUCCAUUUCACAUGCAUUUCUUCCAAUGUCCGCCAUGGAAGUCUCAAUUGCCCUGUUUGUCGAGCUCAUUGGUCUCAUCUCCCUCGUAACCUACAAUGUUCAGAUACUUGUAUCAACCAAACAGAUCCAAUUCUACGAAUCCUAGAUGAUUCCAUCGCUACUUUCAGAGUUCAAAGGAGAUCAUUUCUCAGAUCUGCUCGUUACGAUGAUGACGAUCCAAUCCAACCUGACCGUCAUCCCGAUCAUCCUCAUCUCCGUUUCUCAGUUCAUCAAAUCUGCCGUCCAUCGAAUAAUUACCUGUCGGUAACUCUGAACCAUCUACCGGCGACUGAUCUAGUCUUGGUUGCUAGCCCUAAUGGACCUCAUUUGAGACUUAUAAAACAAUGCAUGGCACUCGUCGUCUGUUCUCUUCGUCCGAUUGACCGAGUCGCCAUUGUAACCUACUCGUCCGCCGCUGCACGAGUGUUUCCACUCAGAUGUAUGACGCCGUACGGGAAGAGAACAGCUCUGCAAGUCAUCGAUCGUCUUUUCUACUUCGGACAGUCAGAUCCAAUGGAAGGAUUACAGAAAGGGAUAAAGAUAAUCGAAGAUCGAACUUACAAAAAUCCUCAAUGCUCCAUUCUGCAUCUCUCCAACAGUCCUACGAGAACUUAUCAGUGUACGAACGACGACGAGAAUCCGAUUCCGAUCCCGAUCCAUCGGUUCCACGUUGGAUACGGCCACGGCACAUCGAACGGUUUCGUGAUGAACGAGUUCAAGGAGUUUCUCGCUAGAGUUGUCGGUGGCGCGAUUACGGAAGUCCGGUUGCGAAUCGGAGAGAGCGGUAGGAUCGUCGACAUCGGCGAGCUUAGGAGCGGCGAGGAAAGAAGAAUUCCAUUGGAUUUUGAGGAAUCGAGAAAUCUCCGUUUAGUUUACAGCUAUAAAUCUCCGGUUGCUGAAGAGUGUUACAGAACAGGUGAAGCGGAGGUUGACGACGGUGGUUCGCAGCCAUUGGAGAGGAGCUUGUUAGGAAGAACAAACGGUUUUGAGAGCUGGGGUUAUGAUGAUCCUUAUAGAACUAGAAGAUGGGCUAAGCAUUUGCAUGGCUAUAGAAUAUAGUUAGGGUUUAGGGUUUCGAUUUCAUGAUGGAUGAUCAGCACUUUAUAUAUAGUUUUCGAGAUUGCGUUUUA